AUGUCAGAUGUUGAAGAAGAGUUAAUACAUCGUCAUAGUUAUGAAACAAGUAAUGAAAUAAAUGAAACAAAUGAACAAAAUUCAUUAUCAAAAACUUAUCCAAAAAAAGUAGAAUUUGAAGGAGAAAAUUUAACAAUUGAUUCAAAUAAUUGGAGAGAUUCAAAAUUAUUAAAAUUACAAAUUAUUGCUUCAUUUUUAGUAUUUAUAUUAUUUGGUUUAGGUGAACAAACUGUUGGUACAAUUAUACCAGAACUACAAUCAGAUUAUAAAAUAAAUGAUUUAAAAGUAAGUCUUAUAUUUUUUACCUCAGUUAUGGGUUAUUUAAUAAUGGCUAUUUUAAAUAAUAUAAGUCAUGAUUAUUUAGGUAUUAGAGGAGUUUCUGUAAUGGGUGCAACAUUAAUGACUUUAGCUUAUAUAAUUGGAUCAAUGAAACCUCCAUAUUUUAUAUUUUUAUUGGGAUAUUUACUGCAUGGACUUGGAUUAGGUGCAUUAGAUGCAUCAUUAAAUGCAUGGAUGGGUAAUUUAAUUGAUUCAAAUCAAUUACUUGGAAUUUUACAUGGUUGUUAUGGAAUUGGAAGUUUAAUAACUCCAAGUUUAAUUACUUUUUUAUUAGAAAAAAAAUUUAAUCCUUGGAAAUGGAAUCAAUAUUAUAUAUUUUUAGCAAUAUGUGGUUCAUCUAUUUUAAUUUUUGUUGCUUAUACUUUUAGAUUUGAAACUCCUAAAAAAUAUAAAUAUUUAGCUCAAUCAAGACAUGAAAUAAGUAAAAAUCAAAAUCAAAAUCAAAAUGAAUUUGAAUUAAAUGAUUUAAAUAAAGAUGAUUUUGAAAUUAAUGAAGAUAGUGACGAAAAUAAUGAUAAUAAUGAACAUUCUGCUACUUUUAGUCAAGCUAUUAAACUGCCACUUAUAUGGGCAUUUGCUUCAAUUUUAUUUAUAUAUGUUGGAGGAGAAGCUUCUUUUGGAGCUUGGUUAGUCACUUAUUUAUUAAGAGUUAAAAAAUUAUCAUAUAAAGUUUCAUCAUAUAUGGCUACAACAUUUUGGUUAGGUUUAACUAUUGGUAGAAUAAUUUUAGGAUUUGUUACUGCUAAUUUUUUUAAAACUGAAUUAACAGCAAAUUUAAUUUAUAUUUUAAUUUCAUUAAUUGGUUAUAUAUUAUUUUGGUUUUUUUCAUUUACUCAAUUAACUUUAAUAUUAUUUAUUAUAGUUUUUAUAACUGGUAUAGUAGUAGGACCAAUUUUCCCAACUACAGUUGUAUCACUGGUUAAUAUUUUACCUGCAAAAUAUCAAACAGUUGGUAUUGGAUUUAUUUGUGCAUUUGGUGGAGCUGGAGCAGCUGGUAUUCCAUUUUUAAUUGGUUUAUUAGCUGAAAGUAGUGAUAUUGGAUUAAAAGCUUAUCCUAUAAUUAUAAUAAUUAUGUUUGCUACACUAUUGUUAUUUUGGACAUUAAUUAUCAUUAAAUUUGCAAAAGUUUAUAGAAGGAAUAUGAUUUAG